UCUAAGAUCUGUAUUCCAAAUUCCUUUUUGUCGACAAAAGUACCUUAAACGUGGCUUUUCAGCCAAUCAGAUGGUUCUUAAGCUAGUUUAGAGGCACAUUGGUAAAAGAGAGUACAGAAUACGGUCCUAAGUGUUAACACUAAGGAUUGACGGACGCUUGUCUGCCGCCGUCUGGACGGCCUAAUAGCGGGAAACACCUUUACGACAUCCUCACCCUCCUGCGAAACGCAUAGGCAACCAUCGUUUCUCCAGAGAUGUAAAAUUUCGACGCGGCUUUCCAUCCAUGCACGCCACAAAGAACCGCUGUCCCGUUCAUUAUUCUAUUCCGCGUUACACGCGUCCUCUCUCAUAUCUAUCAUCCCGACGAGGACGCGCGGUCGGUGGCUCGCGAAGCGAGAGGCAAAAAUUCGCCGAACCUUUAUUAUCCUUUACCGAAGAAUCAUUUGCGUGGCGGUCACACGCGGAAUCUAUCGAUUUCCGAUAGCGCGCAACGAAAGAGUUUACCGCGGAACGACUCGGAGUUUCAUCCUUCGGAUGUUCGCGGCGCGCGCAGGAGAAGGCGAAACGCGGAUGCGUCUCUUUCCAUUGGAUUUCCCCGGGUGCUCUUUACGGCUGGAGGAAAAUUUGGCGCUUCGGGUAUUCGUCUGCAGCGCUCGCGCGUCGCGCAGCUCGUUUAUUUAAUCAAGUCGAGAGAACAAACAACUUACGCGCGGCGCUCGAAGGAGCAGCCCGUCGAGACUGAGAGCGUAGCGACGCGCGCGCUUAAUGGCCGGCCCGGCAAAUAGACAUUUAAUUAGAGGAACUCCCUCGUUUUGACAGUUUUCACAGGCGGGGAAACGAGCCGGAGAAGGGCACCAGCGGUGGUGCCACUGCUGAGCGACGAUGUGCAGCUCUCGGUCGACAAAUACAGAAAUAAGCUCUACGCGAUGAUGGAUGAUAAGCAUCGCAAGCGCAAAAACAUGACAAGGUCCAGACUGCGACGACUGUCCGGGAGCAUCAGAAAAGAAGCCACCGGCGCCAAGGCGACGCGAUCGCCGGUAAGUUACGUGCCGGACGAGUAAAAAGUUUCUCACCCACGUAACAUUAUUAAGGUAGUUGUAGCUUGUAAAAUGGGUUUUCCUAAGAAUUCGCUGGAACUUGCACUGUAUACAGAUUUCAAUAUGAUAAUCGUUGGCGCAAUUAGAAAAUGAUUGUAAGCUGAGAUAUUCGCAACUAAAGAUGACAUUUUCUUAUAUAUAUUAAAUCAACCUUUUAACAAUUGGCAAAACAUCUGUAUUAUAUAUACAACAUUUCAGUUUCGUUAAGCUAUUACCGCGUUGGCUAAAUUGUGGAAUUUCGCAAUUCCUACGUCGGAUUGUUAAUCCGACCUGAUUUUUGCUGAAUUUCACCCGAUCGCGGUUUGUCGAAAAGAACUCACGUUGAAGAAACUCGUGGUCUUUUCUUUUUAGAUGAACUGGCUACACCAGUUCGAAAAAUUUUACGCAGACCGAAGCGUGAGAAUCUCGUACAUAUGUUUCAUGUGUUUCAAUAUAAAUUUCUUGAACAACCAGCUAAGCUCAGCUAAGAAGAACAGACCACCGGUUCUCUUUACUCGGUUGUUUUCCAGUUACCUUGUUUUUAUAUUUCUUGUUUCUUUCCAGCGUGUUGCUCAUUGCCAAAUAAGAAGACGAUCAGACCGCCUCAAGGCGACGGUACCGUGCGCGUUACUCAAACGCGAAUAAUUAAUGCUUCCGCAGAGACGCCGAUGCAGGAAGCUUUAACGAAUUCUCGGCAGAAUGUUAAGAACGGUAGCGACACAGUACACGUGCAAUCUAACGAACGGCAGUCUGGGAAGCUUACCUGCCGCAGCGGCGAAAAGCUGUUACUACCUUAAUCAGCAGCAGCAACAGCAGCAGCAGCAACAGCUUAAAUUGUCCAACUCUCAGCGGUCCAUACAAUCGGAUCAGAUGGCAAUGUACGGCGCCGGAGGCAGAUCGAAUCAAUUAGCGGCAUCAGCACCUCGCGUCAAGCUGCGAAGGGCUUGCCAAUAGCAACAGCAUCAUCAACAUUACCAACUUGCUCAGCGACCCUUCGUCUCGCGAAUUGCCGCGGCCCAGGACGAUGCCGGCCACCAGGAUCAGCAACAAUCCCAAGGGCAGUCUCAAGCAGCGAUGGUCACGUCGACGGCCUCGGCGUUGCCCAGCAACGUCACUCGGCACUUUGUCAGGACCAUGAACGGCGGUUACCUCAGCAACCCGGAGUCGUCGUACGUCAGCCACCAUCAACAGACCAUCCGCGACUACCUGAACCAGACGAUGCCGUUGCCGGCGCAACGACACUUGCGAGCGCGAGAUCGAGCGAUCUACCAGGCCACCGGUGGCAGGAACAACCUCGUCGACAGAUCGUGCACCGUCGCCGCGGACGUCGGCACGACCGGCGAUCAUCGUCGUGCUGCACGCGGUCAAGGUGGCAGGUUGCAGGAGAGGCGCAGCGUCGACGCCGGCUGCAUCGGCCAGCGGAAGUUGUCCUCCACGUGCGACGGGUUGAAGUUCUUGGACAGUAGCAGCCAGAGGCACGGCGUGAUAGCCGCGUCCGUCUACAAGGAGCUCUGCAAUGGGUCUAUCGGGGUGGUGAGCGCGCGUGUGGCGGGGGCGUUUCUCGGGGGCGAAGAGCGACGAUUGGAACGGGACGGUCGCGGGUCGCUUUGUUCUCGAACGAGAUCCCGCGGCUCGAGAGCGUGGGGAGUUCAAGCACGCGUAUGUGGGGAUUUCUUUUUCUUCUCUUUCGCCGACGAGGACCUUUACACGUGCGCGACGAAGCGUCCCGGGGGAUUUUUUUCCCAUCUGUACGCGACCGGGGGAUAAAUCGAGCCCUCUCGACUUACGCUUCCGAAGGAGACGCGGAAGAUUACAGAAAAUUUCUGCACUUAUUCCGACGGAAGAGAGAUUGUAAUCUGGAAUGUGUGUGUGUGUGUAUUCGGCGAGUGAAUUUUUAUAGGAAAUAUUUGCCUUCUGCAAUCCCCACACCGCGGCGUGAGGAGUCAUUUUUGUAAUGGCGGUUUUUACGAGACGGGAACAGUGGGUGCGCGCGUGUAUGCGUGUAUGUAUGCGUGAAAAUAAAAUUAAUGUCAAUUCAAGACUCGCAUUUUUAUACAA